UCAACUCCUUCCAUUACCGGAAAAGAUAAUCAACAACACUCAACGAAAGAAUCAUUGAAUUCCCACCACCCUGCUCUGAAUAAAUUCACCAAACCAUGACAGAUAUUUGCAUUCAAUCCAUGUCAUUUAUGAGGCCCAGCCUCUGAUCACCCCAUAUUUGUGGUUUCUUUGUUAUAGCGUGUCUGCUUCCCCCUCUCAGAGGAGAUUUUGUUUUCGCCGUAUGAACAAAAAAAAAAAAAAAUGGAGCUUUGUUAAAAUUUAUGCAGCAAAACUAUAGCUUGCAAGAAGACAAAAGUGCUUCUUCAAUUGGAGUUUUUGUUGGCUUUCAAAGACCUGCAAAGCCAGACGAGUCAGUUGCCGGAGGACUUCUGGGCAUUACAAGGGUCCCUCGGGGGAAAGCGUGUCUUUUUAGAAGAGUUUAAGCCCAACAGUCAUAUUUUCUUGCAACAAAGCCACAGUAGACUGGGUGGUGGUUGGUUUCGAUUAUUUAGAGUUGAAGAAGCCAGUAAAGGAUUGUCGGAGAUGAACACAGAACCAUUCAUGAUCGAGUGGUGGUGAUUUGGAAGCAUUGAGAGAGGGUUUUGAGCUGGUAAGAGGGCUUGGGUUCAUUUUCCUUUCUCUUUAUUUGUCAGUCUCAGCCCUCACUCUCAGAUGGGUUUUGGUUUCUUUGGCUUCAUUUUGGUUCUCACACUGUUCUUUAAGCUUUUGGCUUCUCAACAACCAAACACAGAUGGGUUCUUUGUCUCUGAGUUCUUGCAGAAAAUGGGGUUACCUUCUUCUGAAGUAUACAACUUUUCUGCUCCUGUUUGCUCGUGGCAAUGGGUUUUAUGUGACGCCAGAAAAGAAAAUGUUGUUCGGUUAGAAGCUUCUGGUUUAGGCCUCACUGGUUCUAUUCCUGAUACCACAAUUGGUAAGCUCACCAUGCUUCAAUCUUUGGAUCUUAGUAACAACAAAAUCACUGGCUUGCCUUCAGAUUUGUGGAGUUUAGGCUCACUCAGGAGCCUCAAUCUCUCCACCAACCAGAUUUGUGGGUCCCUACCUAACAACAUUGGCAAUUUCGGUUUCCUUGAAAUCUUAGACCUUUCAAGCAACAACUUCUCCGGGGAAAUUCCGGCAACCAUAAGCUCCUUAGUUAGCCUGCAAGUUCUUAAGCUCGAUCGAAAUGGAUUUGAGCAGAGCAUCCCAUCAGGAAUUACGAAAUGCCAGUCUCUGGUUACCAUUGAUCUUUCGUUGAAUCGGCUACAUGGGUCUCUUCCAGAUGGUUUUGGUACUUCAUUUUCCAAGCUCAAGACCUUGAACCUUGCACGGAAUGAGAUUUACGGCCAGGACUCAGAUUUCAUGGAAAUGAAAUCCGUCACUAGCCUUAACAUUUCUGGGAAUCUGUUUCAGGUUUCCGUAAUGGGCGUGUUUCAGGAGCAGCUGGAGGUUAUAGACCUGAGUAGGAACCAGUUCCAAGGUCACAUUUCGCAGGUACAAUUCAAUUCGAGUUGCAAUUUGUCUCAUUUGGUUUAUCUAGACUUGUCUGAGAAUCACCUUAGUGGAGAAAAUUUUCACUGUUUGAGUCAAGCCCAAAAUCUCAAACAUCUUAAUCUUGCAUACAAUAGAUUUGCCAGACAAGACGUCCCCAGAAUUGAAAUGCUUUGGAACUUAGAAUACCUUAAUCUGUCUAAAACUGGUCUCAUUGGUCACAUUCCGAAUGAAAUCUUACAAUUAAUUAAUUUGAAUACACUUGAUCUUUCUGGGAACCAUCUUACUGGGAAGAUUCCAGUGCUAAGUAUAAAAAACCUCCAACUUCUUGAUGUUUCCCAGAACAACUUGAGUGGAGAAGUUCCUUUUUCCCUCUUAAAGAAACUCCCAUUGAUGGAGAAGUUCAACUUCUCCUACAAUCACCUAACCCUCUGUGCUUCAGAGUUCUCCAAUGAUACCCUCCAGACUGCUUUCUUUGGUUCAUCGAACAGCUGUCCAAUUGCUGCAAACCCUAAGCUUUUCAACAGAAUACCCGACAAACAUAAGGGAAUGAAGCUUGCUCUGGCUUUAAGCCUCUCACUGAUCUGCUUGCUUGCCGGGUUAUUGCUAUUUCUAGCGUUUGGUUACAGAAAGAAAACUAGAAUGUGGGCUGUAAAGCAGAUGUCAUACAGAGAAGAACAAAAUAUUUCUGGCCCCUUUUCAUUCCAGACUGACUCAACCACAUGGGUAGCUGAUGUUAAGCAUGCAAAUUCGGUACCAGUAGUGAUCUUUGAGAAACCAUUAUUGAAUAUCACAUUUGCGGACCUCCUAUCUGCAACCUCAAAUUUUGACCGUGGUACCCUUUUGGCUGAAGGCAAAUUUGGGCCGGUUUAUAGAGGAUUUCUACCUGGUGGAAUUCAUGUAGCAGUGAAGGUUUUGGUCCAUGGUUCAACAUUAAGUGACCUAGAAGCUGCAAGGGAGCUGGAGUAUCUUGGUCGAAUCAAACACCCCAAUCUUGUUCCAUUGACUGGAUAUUGCUUAGCUGGGGAUCAAAGGAUUGCUAUCUAUGAUUACAUGGAGAAUGGGAACUUGCAGAAUUUGCUUCAUGACUUGCCACUUGGGGUUCAGACUACUGAGGAUUGGAGCAUAGAUACUUGGGAAGAAGACGAUAUUACUGGAAUUGAAAAUGUUGGCUCUGAAGGGUUGUUGACAACUUGGAGAUUUCGUCAUAAAAUUGCACUCAGUAUGGCCCGAGCACUGGCAUUUCUCCACCAUGGCUGCUCACCUCCAAUUAUUCAUAGAGAUGUCAAAGCUAGCAGUGUAUAUCUGGAUUAUGACUUGGAGCCAAGAUUAUCUGAUUUUGGUCUGGCGAAAGUUUUUGGUAACGGUUUAGAUGAGGAGAUUGCUCGAGGGUCACCGGGGUAUGUGCCACCAGAGUUCUCUCAGCCAGAAUACGAUUCCCCAACCCCAAAAUCAGAUGUAUAUUGCUUUGGGGUUGUUCUGUUUGAGCUAAUUACAGGAAAAAGGCCAGUUGGAGAUGACUAUCCCGAGGAGAAUGAAGCAAAUUUGGUGAUUUGGGUUCGAGGAUUAGUAAGGAAGAACCAAGGGUCAAGAGCUAUUGAUCCAAAGAUACGUAAUACAGGACCAGAUGACCAGAUGGAAGAGGCUCUCAAGAUCGGAUAUCUAUGCACUGCUGACCUUCCCUUAAAGCGACCAACAAUGCAGCAAAUAGUUGGACUACUGAAAGAUAUUGAACCAGCAUCUCAUCAGUGAAAAAGAACAUGAAAAAAGGAUCAUAUGGAAGUUUCUUAGCUGGCCUUUUUCCAUAAUUAUUAUUGUUAGUUUUUUGGUUUUGAGUAUCUUUCCAUGCCACCAUGGAGGGAAUGUACAUUAGUCCUUACAAUCCUGUUUUUGGUUUGAAUCUUUGAGGGUCUUUCUUUUUGCCUCCCAUUAUUAGUGGCAUAGAAACUUAAUUUAUUGAAAAAAAGAAGAAGGAGAGUUUGGUUUCCUUUCA